AAUGGUAUUGGCGGGAUCAAACAGAAAACCUUAUCCACCACCAGUCGGACGCCAACAAGGCAAUCUCGCGAAGCAUAUCAAUUCAUUUUUCCCACCACACAGAUACAGAGACCAACCCACCACCUGCUGCAGGGUAAAAGGAACGGAAAAACUGAAAAGCCAGCAGCUGGAGAGGAAGGAGUUGGCGAGCGUGAGAGAAUGGGAAGCGUGGCGGUCUCAGAAGGGCGUUUCAUCGCACAGUGUUCAUUGACGCCAUCGCCAUGUGUUCUCAAUGGCCAGUUGCUCCCUCUCAGGCCUCUUCUUCCCAGGAAAACCAGUCCUUCCUCAACAUCCUCCCGCCUUCUCUCCAGGUGUUCGACAAAAUGGCUCAAUGAGCCGUUUCAGAAAGCACUGACAGGGCUACUUCCCAUAGUUCAUGACAACAAUUAUCAGGAUCCUGGAGCUGGCAAUGGCGUCAACAAGCGCCAGGCGCAAGGAGAACUGGUUCGAAUUCUGGACGGCAUUGAGAAGAGAACUUCAUUGCAAGAAUUUGGCUCCUUGGAUUCUGUUACAUUACACGAGGGCUCAAUGAAACUGUUAGUGUUCCUCUCUGGGUGUCUAAUGUUCCAGGGCUCUGAUCAAGCGGCUGCAGCUGCAAUGGAGCUCUCAAGCAGUGGGUUGCAAUCCAUUCCCUAUCUUGGAGACCUUGGUGACAUUAGCACAGGUUUUGCUUCAGCAUUCUUGCUGAUAUUUUUCUCGGAGUUGGGUGACAAAACCUUUUUCAUUGCGGCACUUUUAGCGGCUAGGAAUUCUGCUGUUGUUGUAUUUGCAGGGACCUUUGGCGCCCUUGGUAUAAUGACUGUCAUAUCCGUUGUACUUGGAAGAACUUUCCAUUAUGUGGAUGAGAUCCUUCCAUUCAGUUUUGGUGGCACUGAUUUGCCUAUUGAUGACAUUGCUGCAGUUUGCCUUUUGUUCAUGGUCUGUGAAGUAAACAACAUUCAAGCUAACUUGAGUAUGUUGCAGGUCUACUUCGGGGUAUCAACACUAGUAGAUGCCUCUUCAAGUGAUGGCCUCAAAUCUGAAGAUGAGCAAAAGGAGGCGGAGCUAGCAGUUUCAGACUUCUCGGGAAGUGGUGCAGGCAUUUUAUCCGCUGCCAAUACCAUUAUUAGCACAUUUGCUUUGGUUUUUGUUGCUGAAUGGGGUGACAAAUCAUUUUUCUCCACAAUCGCACUUGCAGCUGCAUCCUCACCUCUUGGUGUCAUUGCUGGAGCAUUGGCUGGUCAUGGUGUUGCAACCUUGAUUGCUGUCCUGGGAGGUUCUUUACUGGGAACAUUCCUAUCAGAGAAGGUACAUAAAUUUUCUAAAUCCCUCCAACUCGUUUUGAUAUGCAUAUCUUGAAAUAAAAUGUCAGUUUCAUAGGUUGGAAUUUCAUAUCAAAUAAAAGUGAAAAUCCAGAAUAUGUUAUGACUUUUUAACGACUGACAUGUGAUCCCCUUCCUGGUCCCCAAAAAAAUGUUCCUGAUUGGAAAACUCAAAGGUGCCAUCAAGCAUCUUAACUCUCAACCAUUGAAGUUGUCAUCUAACCCUCAUCAGUCCUUUGCCGUUUGAAUACUGAUUUUCUAUUCAACCAAAAGAAAAAGAAAACCAAGAUCAAGACCAAUUGCCAUAGUUAUUGUGAGUGGAAGAACCAUGAACCAAGUACACAGAACCCAACCACAAAAUGUCUUGCGUUUAGUGUACUCUAUUUUCCUACUACCACCACCACCAAUAAUGUUUGAAAUUUCUGAUCACCUGACGACAGCCUGAAUUCGCACCCUAUAGCAACAUAAGCUGCUGGGCUGGAAUAUAUCAUGUUGUCGAUCUUUACGCUUCUAAUAAUCUAGCAACAAUUACACGUGCAUCUACAGAAUGAGCUUCUUAUUCAACUUCCGUCAUUAUAUUUUAAUGGACUGAGAAAAAGGAAGAACCUUUUGGUGCUUUUUGACAGGUCAUUGCAUACACUGGUGGGAUUCUUUUCCUUGUCUUCGCCGCCAUGACACUGAUCGAGAUUGUGAGUUGAAAAAACGCAACUAUGACAGUCAUGGAUUACUAUUGCCUCAAAGUCUUCAGUUCAUGUAGAGGCAUCAGAAAGUCUCAGGUGGCGCUGCUCCAGUUAGCACAAAGUAUAAAGGAGUUUGAAUUAUUUGGUUUUGUUCAUCGUCAUUGUAGUACUCAACUAACAUUUGUUUAGUAAAUAGAGCUUGCACGCUGUCCUGUCUCUAAAUUUCAAGCAGCUAGGUCCAUCUGCUUGGCAUUUGUUGUGUAAAAUUGGCAAGAAAGUCCAAGCAUUUCUGGCUUUUUGGUCCGACUGUGGGAAGCUGGCUCCGAGUUUCGAUUCAACCCUUUCUAUGAAUAUGCAGAGAAUAGAGGAAGCGAUGGAACUUUUUUGUUUCUGAGAAUAACAGUGUGAUGAAUUGUUGAUGGACAAUUGUCCUAUCAAAGUAACCAGUAAUGUUUAUCUUGUUGACUUUUGCUAUAAAAUA